CAAAAAAAGGUCUUUGAAAGAGCUUUCUUAACCCAUUUAUGUCAGGCUUGCUAGUAAAACGGCUUAAAAUGAGGACCUUACAAGAAGGGCAAAAUGAAUGUUUUUGAAGAUUCCAUUUUAAGUAAAGGAAUCCUCUCGUUUAGUCACGUAUCAUUCUUCCUGCCUGGAUAGGUAGUAAACUAGAAAAGGGUAAAAAUAAGGCCUGACGUUAAAGCUGGUGUUUGUCUCACAAGGUUGAAUUAAAGACAAUACUUCCUCAGAAGAUGGCCACUGCCCAGCUGCAGGGAACACCCAUGAGUGCGUUGGUGUUUCCCAACGAGAUCAUGACCGAGCAGAGCUCUCUGAUGCUGGUGAAGAGGCUCCUAGCGAUUUCCGUGUCCUGCAUCACGUAUUUGAGAGGAAUAUUUCCAGAAUGUGCUUAUGGAUCAAGAUACCUAGAUGAUCUUUGUGUCAAAAUUCUGAGAGAAAAUAAAAGUUGUCCAGGAGCUACACAGUUAGUGUAUUGGAUGCGAGGAUGCUAUGAUGCUUUACAGAAAAAAUAUCUAAGGAUUGUUGUUCUAGCUGUAUACACCAACCCAGAAGACCCUCAGACAAUUUCAGAAUGUUACCAAUUUAAAUUCAAGUACACUGAGAAUGGACCAGUCAUGGACUUCAUAAGUCAAAAUCAAAGCACUGAAUCUAGUUUGUCAUCUGCUGACACCAAGAAAGCAAGUAUUCUCCUCAUUCGCAAGAUGUAUGUUCUAAUGCAAAAUCUGGAACCUUUACCUAAUGAUGUUUGCUUGACCAUGAAACUUUUUUACUAUGAUGAAGUUACACCCCCAGGUUACCAGCCUCCUGGUUUUAAGGAUGGUGAUUGUGAAGGAGUGAUAUUUGAAGGGGAGCCUAUGUACUUAAAUGUGGGAGAAGUCCCAACACCCUUUCACACCUUCAAAGUAAAGGUGACCACCGAGAAAGAACGAAUGGAAAAUAUUGAUUCAACUGUAUUAUUUCCAAACCAGUUAAAAACACCAUUUCAAAAAAUACUCAUGGACAAAGAUGAUCCAGAAGAUGAACAGGAGCAUAAUACAUCUGAUGAUUUUGACAUUGAAAUGAAAACAGAAGAGCAGAAAAAAAAUCCUGGAUCUUCUGAACUUGGAGAACCAAAUUUAGCUUGUGAGGAAGAUGAGAUUAUGACAUCUAAAGAAGUUCCAGAGCUUUCAGUUUCUCCUUCUCAGGUUGAGCAGUUAGUCAGUAAAACAUCUGAACUUGUUAUGUCUGAAAGCAAAACAAGAAGUGGAAGGAUUUUUCACAGUAAAAUAGCUAAUGAAAAUAAACCAGUAAAAUCUUCUAAAGCAAAUCGGAAGAGAAGUCAACUAGAAUCUGGAAAAACAGUUCUUCAUCACGUUGAUUCUGCUAGUCAAGAGUCAGUGACAAAAAGAAGAAAGUUUAGUGAACCAAAGGAACAUAUAUAAAAAUUAUUUUUCUUCUGCAUGAUUGCAAAGUUCAUCUCUACAUUUAAAGGAUACUAUAUUACUAUUUUAAGGUGUGUUUGCCCUACCUCUGGAAAUUUAUAUGUAGUCUUAAGCAGUUAGUACACUAAAAUGAAUUCUUAGCUAUCAUAUUGUGAUCCUUAAACUUAUCUAAGACAAAUCCAAUAGAACUUUUUAAUAAAACCAAAAGAACCAUUGUCAUAAUUGAUUCUGUUUAAUAGCUACUCAAUAUUGAUCUAUCUUCCAUUUUGGUGGACACUUUCUUUAAACAAACAUUAAUUUUUUAAGGUCCUCUAAAGCCAUUUUUGAAACAAAUAAUGUUUAUUUUGGUGUUAUAUUUUGGAAGGAAUUAACUUUUUACUUGUGUUAAAACUAUACCAUUUAACUGGUUUUGUUUGCA